GAUGUAGGCAACGUUUGAAAAACAACUGUUAAACCGACAUCGUGUUCGUGUUGCAACCCGUUCCUCGCACCUUCUCUGACAUCUUCUUGCUGUUUCCCCUACGUUCCAGGCCUUGUUUCGCCUGUUCCUCGUACACCAGUGCAUAUACCCUUAUUAUUCAGAUACCGUCAAAAAUGGGCUUUCAGGCAUACGAAUUGUCAAAAACACUAUCUCUCCAUUCACAAGAUGUUCGGGGCGUUUGUGCGAUUUCAAAUGAAUUGUUAGCUUCUGCUUCAAGAGAUGGCACUUACGCCAUAUGGAAGCUCGAGAACGGAUCUUGGACACACUCUGUGUAUACAAAUCACGAUGGUUUUGUUAAUAGUAUUGCCUAUAUCCCUAGAUCAGAUGGCUCGUUGGGCUAUGUUGCUACCGGAGGUCAAGAUAAGACCGUUAUUCUUCACGACAUACAAUCAGAUAAAGCGGAUGUAUAUCUGCUAGGUCAUGAGUCUAAUGUGUGUGCCAUUCAUGGCAUUAACGAAAAUAUAAUAAUCACAGGAAGUUGGGAUGCCACGGCUCGUGUAUGGGCCUUAGGGCAAUGUACUUAUACUCUUCGUGGCCAUUCGUCUUCUGUUUGGGCUGUUCUUGCUUUAGAUGCAGAAACAUUUGUCACCGGAUCUGCUGAUAAAACCAUACGUUUGUGGAAGAAUGGUAAAACUGUGAAAACGAUUAAUGCCCAUAAUGACUGUGUACGCUUCCUUUGUCGUGUUCCCGAUGGUUUUGCCUCUUGCGGAAACGAUGCGACAAUCAAGAUUUGGACGUUGGAUGGUAAACUUUUGCGGGAGCUUAACGGACAUUCAUCCUUUAUCUAUUCACUGUCCUACAAUGCAACUAAAGACAUACUUGUAUCCUCUAGUGAAGAUCGUUCUAUCCGUGUUUGGAAAGAAGAUACUUGUCUGCAGACGAUUACACUUCCUGCUACGAGUGUUUGGUCGGUUGCCUGCACUCCCAAAGGAAAUAUUGUUUGUGGAACAAGUGAUGGUCAAAUUCGUAUAUUCACUACCGAUCCAAGCGAGCUCGGUUCUUCUAGUGAGCGGAAAGCAUUUCAGGAUCAAGUAGCAAACUUUGCCGUGGCUUCUCAACAAAUUGGGAAUAUUCCCAAGGAGCAAUUUCGAAAGGCUGAUGAUUUACAAAGACCUGGAAAGAAGGAUGGAGAAGUUGCUAUGGUUCGUCAUAAUGCAUCCGUUGAUGCUUAUCAAUGGUCCGCAGCUAAGAAUGAAUGGGUGAAAAUUGGACAGGUUGUGGAUGCCGUUACAAACAAUCGAAAACAACUUUAUGAGGGCAAGGAGUACGAUUACGUCUUCGAUGUAGACAUUGAAGACGGUAAGCCCCCUCUUAAACUUCCUGUCAAUGUGACGGACAAUCCGUAUCUUGUUGCUGCAGAGUUUUUGGAAAAGAAUCGACUUCCCAGUACGUACACUGAUCAAGUGGUUGAGUUUAUUCGUCAAAACACACAAGGCAUGCAAUUUGAUGUUCCUACUCAGAACAAAUCUUCCACGACAUCCACUGCAUCUUCCAAACGUCCAUCCCUUUUUCCUAUAGCCUAUUAUACGUUUACCGAGGGAAACCUUGAAGGAAUGCGGAAACGUUUGUUGGUUACUUAUGAAAAGGCUGCAAAGCCUGUGACGGACACACGCUUUCGCGAAUUUCUUUCGCUUUUGCCAAAACUCAAAACUUUAUCAGAGGAUGAAACGAGCCUCUGUAUUGAGGCAAGCUUACUCCUUUUGGACUCAUGGUCUUUAGAAGAAAGGUUUCCGGUACUCGAUGUUUUGCGGCUUGUUGCUCUCCAGCCGCGUGAUUCAUAUGUUCCUGUGCUUACGGAUGCCUUUAUGCAAGUGCUUCGCACAGUUUCCGGACAAGGAAAGUUUGAAAGCAUUAAUCGCAUGUUGGCUUUGCGGGGAUUAGCAAAUCUAAUUCCGCAUAUGAAGGAUUUUGGAGAGUAUACCUCUCAGAUCACGAUCGUUAUGAAUGAACUUUGCCCUAAUGAUACCGACAAAGAUGAAGUGAAGGUAGCAUGGGCUACUUUGAUAAUGAAUAUUUGCACGAAGUAUGAAAGCGACAUUUUGGAAGACCUCUCGAUCGAACUGUUACCCAAAUUGAUCACGUUCCUUGGAAGACAAAGAUUGAACAGUGAAACUGUGUAUCGAACACUUAUGGCACUGGGUACCUUGUGUAUCAUGCCGACUGUUGCAUCUGCCGCAGUACAAGUCUAUGAUGUGCCCAAGUGCGUCAAGCCUGUGGUGUCCAAAUUCGAAAGCGAGUCAAGAAUGAAUGUCGCAUUCAAUGAGCUUGUAAGUAUUUGCAAAGCAAGUCAAUGAAAGAACCGUUUAUUUAAACGGGCUUUGUUAGAUGCACUCGAGCUGGAGGAGCAUAUAUCCGUUCCACUGCUCAUUUGCAAAGCUCAUUGUGUAGCUUUACGGUAAUGAAUAUGACCAUUCCUUAUGUAUUAUAGGACGUUUCAAUAAUAUAUAUACAGCUAAUCUCUUUUUAUUUAACGUUUCUGUAACGACCAACUUCAA